CAAUUUUGAAGUUCGAAGAUGAUAACAAUGAGAAGAUUUCAGAUUUAUUGAAAAAUAUGCAAGCGAAAACGUGAGAAUAAUGUAGGAAUAAUCAUCUUCGUUGAAUAUUUAUCGCUAGAAAACAACUACCCGUUCUAGCAAGAUCACGAAACUACACAAUCGUGGUGUUUUCCUGCAGCGAACGAAGAAAUCUGGGUAAUCUUUCGGUGUAUGUGUUCGGAUGCACGUAUCAAUCUGUUGCAUAACUAUUUGCGUUUUAUCGUGCGAAUCAUUCUUGAAACUUCGAAAUACGUGAAAAAAUAUAUCUGGAAUUGUUCAAAGUGCGGUAUUUAAGCGAAUCAGGUUUAAUAUACUUGUAUUUUCCUCCAUUCUGACAGAGAAGGUGAACGAUGAGUGCACCUCAACCGUCUCCGGUAGUUAGAGUGAUUAAUGAUGGAGAUCAUUCGGCCGAAUAUUUCGAACAAGAAUUGGAAAAGGCUUUAGAUAAUAACUGCGAUAUAAUUGUCAUCGAACCGGUACGAUUAGGUGAAGAAACCGUUCACUGGAUCAAAGUUGGAAAUUAUUUGCACAGAAUAGCUGUUAUUAGUGGAAUACCUUCUAUUUGCAUUAACGUCGCUUUUUACCGAAACCAUUACGCAGUAACCGUACCACUGACCGUGAUGAGCGUUUUUUGCGCUGGAUUAUACAUGAUUAGUUGGCAAUUCGAUCCAUGUUGCAAAUACCAAGUAGUCAGCAGGGUUGAAAAAAUAAACGCGUCUGAACUAUCGCCGGAAACUCUGUACUAUAAUUUACUAGAAUCGGCGCCGAAAGAUUCAGCAUCGCCGGUAAUUAUUGUGAAAAAAGAUGAUACCGUUCGCAAAGUAUUCCAUACCAUUGUGGCUGUUUUCGCGCUAACUCUUACUAUUUUUCGCGCUUGCAAAUGAUAUUUUGUUCGGAUUAUAUCGUGAUAUUUGAGGUGAAUCAGUACUGAUAGUUUAAUUUAUUUUUAAUGUUAAUUUUAAUGCUGUCGCCUUUUAUUCUUAUAUGUUAUUUUCAACAUUCGUCAUCAAUAAAUACAGUCCUAAGUUUUUA